CUGUCUGCUGCAGGGGCUGAUGGGAGAUGUGAGGAGCUGUUAGAAACCACGUGGCCCUCGUCUGAUCUCACAGCUCGUCCUUGUUUGGCCUCAGCUGCAUCAGAGCGCCACUUCUCCCCAGGUUCACCAGAGGAAACACCACUGAACUAAAUGCUUUUCCUCCCAGCUGCUGCUCUGUGCUGUCUGUGUUCAGCGCUGGCUGCCAUGGCAACACAGCUGAUUCAGGAGGAUUUAACAUUGACCAGGAGAGUUGGUGGAGACGUCUCCUUCAGCUGUCGAGGCUAUGAGCAGUGUGACCUACCUUUUGUAUACUGGUACCAGAAGAGAGACACAGAAACAUUCUCAAGGAUUCUUCGAAUUACCAGGACUAGUGGUAACAUAUAUAAGGGAUACAAUCAUCAGCAGAAAGAUGAUUUCUCAGCUGUCUAUGAAACGAACAGCUGUGAGUUACAGAUACAGAGCGUUAAACUCGAUCAUUCAGCCACCUACUACUGCUCCUGUGUGAAGAAUGUUCUCCACAGAUACUACUGGAUCUUUGGCUCUGGAACUAAACUGAUUGUAUCAGAUGAGCCGGUAGUGAAGCCCGGUGUGGGUGGCGCGUGGUACCCAGCAGCAUCCAGAGCCCACCUGGAGGGGAAGAGCUCCCUGCUGUGUCUGGCCUCAGCCAUGUUUCCUCCUCUGGUCCAGUUCUCCUGGAAAAGACGAAAUGAGACUGGUCCUCUGGAGGAGCUGUCCUCUGAUGAUAUAGAGCAGCUGGAGAUCAGAGAGUCAGGACACACCGCCUCCAUCUUGCUGAUCCAUCAGAAAGAGAACAGCACAUAUAAAUACCGCUGUGACGUCCUACAUGAGGGGGGGACAGUGGAGGCCCAAACAGAACAAGAGGUUCCAGCUCCAGCAGCCUCCUGUCCUCCAGAGAGAGAUCCACCAGACCAGCUAGCUCUGGAGGAAGCUGACUUGUCCUUCCAGUCCCAGUGCAGGGUGAAGUUGUUCUGUCUGCUGUACACCCAGCUGAUAGUGAAGAGUCUGGUGUACUGCUGUGGACUCUCUCUGCUGAUGAUCCUCAGAAACAAGGGACCGUCCACCAGCUGCUCACAUGCUGACUGACUGUUUUCUGCUCGACUUUUCUCGCCAUCAAAUCUCAUCAAUUCAUCUCAUUUAUCACUUUGAUCACUAUUCACAUAUAUCAAUUAUGACUUGUUGUAGUUGUCAUCUUAAUAAUAUAAAUACCAGCCCGUUCUCAUUCCGAACUCGUAAAAUAAGGACGUUUGGACAGUGGCUUGUCAGCGUCUGAUGCGGCGAAAAAGGAGCACUUCAGCGUGUUUGUAUAACGCAGCAGGGAGAGCCGCAGUUAGAUACGAUUUAGCGAGUAGUAUGUAAGGGAGAAUUACUGCAGGUCAUGCUUGCUAGAGUUGCUUUUUAGAGUCGCUUUUUUCUUUCCUCCUGCGUGUCACCGAACCGUACAACCUUUUAAUAGUCCCGACCAAGCGCGUUUACUUGAAACGCUAAAGGAGAAUUUUAGCGUCAAUAUUAACGAGAAAGGCUCCUGACCAAACGUCCUUAUUUUAUUUAUUUUACGAGUUUGGUGUGAGAAUCUGUUGUAAAUACAUAUAUAUCUUAGCAGUUACUAAGUUUAAAAGUUAAGUUUAAAUUCUGUGGUGUUUUUAGAUACUUUAGUUUAUUUCUACUUUUAAUUGUGACUUGUAUAAUGAUAGAUCAUAUGAAUAAUCAGCUGUCUGGUAGAUAUUUCAUAGUUCAUAGUAUUUUUUCUGUCCUUGUGUUUCUCUUUAAUACAUUAUGUAGAGUG